AUGCCAGUAAUUGAACAUAAUGAUCAACGAUUUGAACUCUCCCACUCAGAAGAGCAAAAGCUCAACGAGUUUCAAAUGAUAACGUCUUUCCCCACUGAUGAAUUGCCUAAUGUUAUAAAGCUUCUACGCAAUCAUUCUUGGCAAUUGGAACACGCUUUGGGUAGAUAUUUCGACGACAAUUGGAAAGAAAAUCUAGACUUUGCACCACAGCCUACACCCGCUCAAAACACAAUUCCUGUCCAACAAUCACAAUCUGAUGAGCGCCAGAUCCUGGAAGAUACGCGUUCAGAAUUACCAAUAUCACUGAGAAUCCCAAACAUUUUGGAGAACCCGUUUGGAAUGGUACCUAAACUACCCUUUAUUCACAGAUUACCAUACAAUUAUAAAGAAAAAUUCCAAAUCAUCGGAUUAAACGGACAGCCAAAUGCUACUGAUGUAUACUCGCGCAAUUCUGUAUUACUUGCCGUCUUAUUUUUGCCGAAUUUAAUAGUUAGGCUUAGCGUGCAUAUGUUUUCAUGGCUUGGCAUUCUAAUCUCGUAUGCACUAGGUCAGAAUAUGGCAAAAUCAAAGGCUUCAUAUAAUUGGGUAAUCCCGCAGAAACCUCAGGUGGACAGAAAACCUGAAGAUACAUUUGCGGAUAUAAGGGAAACAUGUGGUGAAAAUGCUGAAGAACUUUUGUCUUUAUGCUCUAUGAAGAGCUACAAUGAAAUAUUUGAUGAAUGCGAAUCGAAAUACAAGUUUAUGCUUUUGUUAUUCUUGGGACCAAUAACUGGAGAAGAAGAAAAAAUUUGUCAUAGCUCGAAAACAUUCUUAACGCACUUUUUAUCCCAUCCAUCAACUAUUGCACUUUUCAAAACUCAUAGCGACAACUUGGAAAUAUACAUCAGGACAGUCCAAGAUCCUGAAUGUUGGGCACUGGCAAAACAACUAAAAUUAAAAUACACGUUAGAAUGUCUACUUGUGGCUAACGUGCACAAUCGUUUGAAUUCUACUUCCGGUUCAAGGAAAAUGUCUGUUCUUUCUGCUUUGAAGGUUAAAUCGCUUGCCCGAUUCCAAGAUUCUUUCAAAAGCGCAAUUCGUCGCUACUCUCCUGAACUGAUAGCGAGCCAAACGGAAAUGCAAGAGCUAGAAAUGGUGAGAAAAAUGAAGGAAAUGCAGGAUGAAGCAUACCACGAAUCAUUAAAACUAGAUACCGAAAAGCAGUUAGAACGUGAAAGGCAAGAAGAAAGUUUAAAACAGAAACUAAUUUCUGAAGCGCAACAGAAAGAAAUCUUGAAAAUAAAGGACCUAUUCUAUCAAUUUACUAUGCUGUUACACUCUUUAAAAUCUGGCAGCAAUGCUGAGGUCAAGCCAACAGAAAAAAUUUCCAACAUUCAAUUCAGAACCUCUGAUGGUAAACGAAUUGUUAAAAAGUUCUCAGGGAGUAACACUUUACGCGAUGUUUACAUCGACAUAGCAGCUCAUUUAUAUUUAACAUCAUCUGACCAAUAUAUUGAAGGAAAUAAUUUGGAUACAAUCAGCGAAAUAUUGAUAAAUAUCAGCGAAAACCCUGAAUACGCUACCGCUAUUGAAAGCACCAACAUUGCUGGAGAACUAUUGGAAUCCAAGACGGAAAAUCAACUAAAAGCAAUAUUAGAAAAGGGUAUUUCCGAACUCAGAUCUAAGACCGAACUAGAGGAUAUUAGCUUUGACUUUGAGUUGGUUUCGCCUUUCCCUAGAAAACAAACUCCAAAUGAUCCAUCCAUUCAAUUGAAAACAAGGUCAGAACUAUGGCCAAACGGGAGUCUCUUGAUAGAAUCAUUGGACAAUGAUGACAGCUCCGAAGGAGAGGAUGAGAGUGAUGACGCUGGUCAUUCAACAUAA